CAAAGCAUUGCAAACUCAACUGAGAGCUCUCCAGUUUCCAGCAAGAGAGAAAAAAGAAAGAAAGAACCAACCAUGAUCAGCGCCAAGAGGAUUGCUCAACUGGCCAAGAAAUGGCAGAGGAUGGCAGCUUUCGGGAGGAAGCGGCUCAUUUGGGAAACUGCAAAGGAAGCCGAUGAGUGCUGCGCUUCUGUUGCAGGCAAUGGGCACUGUGUGAUGUACACGGCCGAUGGAAGGCGGUUUGAGGUGCCAUUGGCGUACCUCGGCACUACGGUCUUCUUGGAGCUCCUGUGGAUGUCCCAUGAGGAGUUUGGCUUCGCGAGCGACGGGCGGAUCAGACUUCCUUGUGAUGCCACAGUCAUAGAGUACGCCAUGUGCCUGCUCCGGAGAAGUGCCUCUGUAGUGGUGGAGAAGGCAUUCCUGAACGCUAUGGCAAUGCCAUGCCACUAUGCAAGAUCUGUGGCACCAUCUGUAGGAGUUAGUCAGCAGGUUGCUGUUUGCAGCUCCUAA